AUUUCAGUAGGUGGCCACAGCUAAGCUAAUUUAAUUCAGCUCAACUUCCUCUCUCUCUCUCUCUCUUUCUUCUUUUGCUAAUAUAUUGCCGUACUCGGCAAGUCCCUGAGGGCUGAGAGAGUUAAUUACAAGGAAGAAAAUAAGCAUAUUUACUCAAGAAGGGGGGGUUCGGAAACUGGAAGGAAAAAAAAAAAAAGGAGAAGAAUGGAAAAUAAUAACAAGGACGCAGAAAGUGAAAAAGUGGAGAUAAAUGAUGAGGAAAUUAGAGAGGCAAAAACGGAGGAGCUGAAAGAGAGGAAGAAGAAGAAGAAUAGUAAUACAACUAAUAUGUUGAGUUCUCCAGAAAUAUUGGAUGAAAAUGAGAAAAGCAAAGUCGACAGCAUGAGGGCUUUGAUUCAAAAAGAAGACCCUUCUUUCCAGGAAAUAGAUGAUCUAAUACUGCGGAGAUUUCUGAGGGCGCGUAAUCUGGACAUUGAGAAAGCUACAAACAUGUUCCUCAAGUACUUGAGAUGGAGGAGAUCAUUUGUGCCGAAUGGCUCAAUUUCUAGCUUAGAAGUCACCAACGAAAUUGCGCAGAACAAGUUCUUCAUUCAAGGCCAAGACAAGAAAGGACGUCCCAUUGCAGUCCUCUUUGGCGGCAGGCAUCACCAGGCCAAACUUGACGAAUUCAAGCGUUUCGCAGUCUUCUGUCUCGACAAAAUAUGUUCCAGAAUGCCAAGAGGCCAGGAAAAGUUUGUAGCCAUUGGAGAUCUUCAAGGAUAUGGAUAUUCUAAUAGUGACAUUCGCGGAUACCUUGCAGCUUUAUCAAUUUUGCAGGAUUGCUACCCAGAGAGGCUUGGCAAGAUAUUUAUAGUUCAUGCGCCUUAUAUAUUCAUGGCUGCUUGGAAGAUUAUCUACCCACUUAUCGACAACAAUACCAAAAAAAAGAUAAUGUUUGUGGAGGAUGAAAACCUGAAAUCCACUCUGCUAACUGACAUUGAUGAGAGCCAGCUCCCAGUUACAUAUGGAGGCAAACUGCAAUUAGUUCCCAUCCAAGAUUGUUGAUAUAUAUAUAUAUAUAUAUAUAGUUACGUCUCUAUCGGUGGUUAUUUGUUAAAUAUAAAAUAAUUUAAUGUGACGUGAUAAAAAAUUAAAAAAAAAGGGGGAAGUGGGGUUUCAGUGAUCUCAUGGCCGUCCAACCACAAUUAUCUUGCAUGGGCCUUCACCGCUUUCACCUUAAACCCCUAAAGUUGAGGAAAGUUAAAAAAGAUCUUUCAAAUCCAAAAAGAAAAGAAAACAAGUAUUAUAGGUGGUCCACGAUGGGGAGACAAGAUCAAUGAACAAGGUCACUUUGUCGAAUUUAAGAAACUGCUGAAUGAGUCAAAAAUAAGUAAACUCAUUUUCCAUUUCUUACCCUUUUGAUUUAAUAUUCCGAUCCUUGGUAAGCAUUCAAAUAGAUGUGUUUCAUUUACUAUGUAACGAUCUCUGCUAUAUAUUUGACAUACCA